CCCAAUCAGCUGAUUAUUUAUAUGUUUCCAACACUUACUCUUCACCGCUAUCUCAAAGCUACAAAUUCUGCGCAAAACAAAAAACAAAAAAAAAGCUACCAGUUUCUCUACGACCCGACCGGCCGACCCGCAUGGAGCUCAACGGCCCGACCCGGUUUCGACCUCGUAAAUCCACAUCCAGCGAACGCUUUCUCGGCGCGUUUACCCACGCGCCUCACGAAAACCCUAGCUUCUCCACGACGAACACCGCGACCACAUCUAACGCCGCCGUGGAGCUCAACGAAGACGAUGUGUUCUGGACCGGAAGCUAUUCCGAACCGGACGAAAACCAGAACCACAACCAACACCACUCGACCUCUCCUUCCACACCUCGCCACCACAACAGCAACAACCACCAGCUCAACUAUCAGAAGAGCUUCGCUCAGCCGGAGGCCAACGGUUUCGGCAUCCUCGCCGCGCUUCCCGAGAACGAAACGUCUUCGCCGAGCCUCCGAAACGUUUCGCACUUUUACCACAAGGCUUCCGUGUCGUCUUCUUCCUCUUCGUCCUCCUCUUCCGCGCGCAUGAUUCCGGCGAUUCCUAAACCUCCGGUCGACCGAAUGCCGCUGCCUUCUUCGGUCAAGUACCAGUCGGCGCCGGUGAACGUGCCGGUCAUGUCUCAGGCGACGCGGAGUCCGCACGAAUUCGACGACGUGAACGACGACGAUGACGGCGUGGACGGCGAGAUGUUGCCGCCGCACGAGAUUGUGGCGAGAGCUCAGUCGCCGAUGCUGGCCUGUUCGGUGCUCGAAGGCGCCGGGAGGACCCUCAAAGGAAGGGAUCUCCGGCGGGUUCGCAAUGCAGUGUGGCGCCGAACAGGUGGGUGAUUUGAAGGGGAUGGAACCGGAGAAAAUUUUAACGGUGAGACAGAACAAGGAUGGCUCGAGUCGAGGAUCUAGCUUCUUGCCAAGGAAAGAAAAACCUUUAGUGCAACUAUGGCCAAUUGGUGGAGUUGAUCAAAGGUGCUUUGAUUUGGUUUUUAGAGUAGCAGAGUAACAGUAGCUAGAUAUGACAUAACUUAGUCAGUGGAAUGGGGGAGCUCUCUGGAUUUGGCGGGAAUAAUCUCCCAAAAGUAGGCUUUUGGGUUUGUUAGGCGACUUCUUUGGUUGGCUGGGGGACAUGUGCUAGGAUGGCUUUCUUAAAGCCCUAAGCAUGGGGGGGACAAGUUCAAUAGCACUAAACAUGAUUGAAAGUUGGUGAGGCUCACUAAAAGCUAACAUGAGGAGUCAGUGGCAUUCAGAGCGCUCUCCUUUUGAGUGAAUCCGUACUGAUUGACGGUGGACAAUGUCUAGUGGUAGUACACUCGUUGAGGUGAUCUGGGAGGUCUCAUGGAGUGUGGGCUGGAAUCCACUUUGGGUUAGUGUGUUGACUUAACCAUCAGAGAGCACCUAUAGUCAACUCAACCCCACCAGUUGGCCUUGGUUGUGCUGAAGGCUUUUCUUUCCUUAGUAGGAAGCUAGAUCCUCAGCUUGAGCCAUCCUUGUUUGGUAUCACCAGACAACUUUGCUGUGGUUCCAUCCCCUUCAAAUCAUACCUACAUCUCAGUUCCAUUGGAAAUUUGAAUGUUCAAAGUUUAGCCAUAAGAAUUUGGCCUUAUUCAAACUUUAGUAGUAAGAAUAUGGCCUUGUUGAUGAGCUACAGUUACAAUUCUUUUUUUCUUUCUACGCUACUCCUUUUAUUGUAGCAUGUAAAGAUUUAGGUUUAACGUAUAUCGACCUAUAAUAUAUUAGUAUUUAUCUUCUUAGAUGUAGAUGAAGAUGUCAAUUACUUGUGUGUAAUCUCCUAACUUAAAAAACAAGUAUGUAAUGUUACACAGACCUUAUAUUUGUUA